CAAUAUUUGCAUUCUUCCCACGCUGUGUACUUUCGUCAUGUCUACUACGCGCCCGCGUCCAAGGCCACGUCCAGUGGCAAAGCCCAAGGCUGCAUCGUCGACAACAGUCAACUCAAAUAUAACACCAUCUCCAGUGCAACCGUCUUCUUCUACGAGCACAACGCAAAAUUCUAUUGCAGGGAACAAGUUAGACGAUGAAGACGCUAUAUUCUUGCGUAAUCGCGGAAGAACCUCUCACUGCUGGAACAAGCUUCGGGCAAUGGCAAAGGACACUCCGUCCGACAAAGCUGAUGAAGACGACCUCGAUUGGGAUGAACGAACUGAACCGGAAUCUACUCCGAGGCGCAAGAAGAAGCCAAAUAAACAGCAUGAAUUACCUCGGUGGCAAGCGGCGGACAUAGUCACUCUCCUUUCUUCAGAUAACGAAGAGGACGAUUUUGAAAUCACGGAGAACACACCAAAUGUUUCACAUAACGAUACGCCCCCCCGAAAACGCAAAAGAGACCGUAGUCGCUCAAAAUCCAUUACACCACCUCCGCAACUUCCUAUACACCAACUCAAUAAUGCAAGGGCAUUAGUCAGACAAGCGCUUGCUGUUGCACCACCCCGCGCCCCCUCACCAAUUCAAAUUCCCGAUGACCCGGCGGAUACUUCUGACUUGAAUCCGGAGCUCGCAAAAAUCGCCGAGGAAGUUCGUAGAAGGGCUGUAGCAACCAAGAAUACGCCAGAACAGGGCGGCGGCCCUGAGUUAGUAAUAAUCAAGGUCCGAUGGCAACCUCAUCCACUGAACACAGCUGGUGCAAAAGAUGUUUGGAACUUUAAGAUGAAAAGACAUGACACAUUCCAGUAUUUGUUUGAGGAAUUGGCAGACUUGGCCGCUGUCUUGGUAGACCAUCUUGUUGUCAGUCACGAUGGAAAGCGUUUGUUUGCUUCAGGCACGCCUCACGGUCUUCGAAUUUGGGCAGAAGGAGAGCUCGAAGCAUGUGAUCAAACAACUUGGGAUUACAUACGUGCUCAACGCCAUCAACAGGCUCCGAAGGCCGCUCAGUCAUCAAAUAAUUCACCAUCUCCCGAAAUAGAAUUAGACGCGGAGUCGGAAGCCGAGUCAACUGGCGGCGACAAAAUUAAGCUUGUGUUCAGGUCGGCGGCUACUGAGGACAAUGUUAAUCUUACAGUUCGACCUACAACAACGUGUGGAGUCAUUAUCAAAGCGUUUCUCAAGGCAGCCGGUCUAUCUGAUCGAUACCCUGUUUCUCCGCGAACAGCACAAGCGAUGCCUCAGCUAAUGGUUGACGGUGAUAAGAUGGCAGAUGACAUGGAAAUCGGAGAGGCGGACCUAGAUGAUGGCGAUCUGGUCGAAGUUGUUGGACUGUGAUUGUACUGAUACCUGUUUUCGGUUGCUUAGGGU